GAAGAGAGAAAGUGCAAGUAUCUGAAUCAUUUGUCACCAUGGCAUUUCAUUCUGCAGAUGAGAUAAGAAGCGAACAAGGUGCACGCCUAUAAAUGCCUUCCUCAAGUGAGCAUUUGGACUCCACACACAAUACAACACAGCACAGAAGCAGAGAGGAGGAGCAAGAAGAAGAUCGGCGGCGAUGGAGUACGAGUACCAGUACAUCAGCGGCGGCGCCGGCAGCUUCGCCAAGGAGAAGAGGCCUCCGGCGAAGAGGGGCCAGGUCAAGCUCCAGAUGGUGAGGGCGCUGAGCAACCUCGUGUCUCCCACCGGCGCUGCUGAUGGCUCCAAGCAAGCCAAUCGCAACAGCUUCAGAAGGGAAACAAGCUAGUACACCUGAACAAAAUGCAUGGUAGAUGGGUAUGGUGUGUGUGUGGGACAAGGUGAUGUUUUUCUUCUGAGGAUUUUAGCAGGAUAGUCUCUCUGUUUUUACAUGGAGAACCUGUCUGAUCCGCUGUACUGUUACUUGGGGUCUCAUGUUAUAUACGAAUCUUGGGUGUGCACGACAUCAAUGUGUGCUUGAAGUAGCUCACCCUAUAUGCAAAGGAGAAACUGGGUACCAGCGCACCCUAUAUGCAAAAAAAGAUAGUAAUUCAAAAAAAGUUGAAAAAAUUCCAAUUCUUUUUUGGUAACAAACAUGAUUAAGUAUUGUAGUCGUAUAAAAAGAUUCGUCAGAGAAUGACUUUCAUUGCAUCCUGGGUCGAAGAUUUGACAAAAAAUGCUAUAUACAAGUACCAUACACGCUAUAUUAUCGUCAUAAACUUGUCUUUUUUGCCCUGAAGUGAAUAGGAAUCAUUUCUUUUCCAAACUUUUUAUACGAGUACAAUACCUGAUCAUCUUUGAUUCCAAACAAGAUUUAGAAUUUUUUGAACUUUUUUUGAAUUACUAAUUUUUUUUGCGCAUAUAUGGUGCGUGGGUACCCGAGAGCACCAAGUUCUCGUCCAUCUUUCAAUUAUCUAAUCUCUCAGGUUGUUGCAACUUGGAAGAGGCAAAAAUGCAAAUGUGAAGUGAAAAGUUCCAAUUACCUAAUUUCUCGCAUUCUUUUUGUUAUUAACUAAUCUCUUAUAUUCUUGGAAGAGAUAAAAUGCAGAUAUGAAGAAAAAACCUCGAACCUAGCGUUACUUUUUUGUUUUUGAAAGUAAACCCGGGGCUCCAAGCUAGGUCUCCAAGCUAUUAUGAUGUAAAAGGCUUCAGUUAAUGAAUCAAUAUGGUUCUUCCAAGCAAGCCCAUGGGUUUUCAACACAAGUAGACCUGGUUUAAAUAUUUAUCGGUUCAAGUACUAAAUAAAAUCUGCAUGAUUCCAAUCAAAGAACAUGAUAUUUGUUACUCCCUCCGUUCCAAAAUAGGUGUUGUAAUUUUAGUUCACUUAUUUUAAAACAGAGGAAGUAAUUUAGAAGACCUCUCUUUUAGAUAAUAUGAUGCUCAACUUUAAUACGGAUUAGGGUAAGGAAAAGAUAAAGUACCAUCUAUAAGCUGUAAAUAGAGAAUGAUUGUAUAAAAGAAUGAUUGUGUACAUACCUAGGCCGUGAGGUUUUGGUUCCCUUUAAAGGCAUUUCUAGCCGAUCCCAUAAAAGUUAAUGGAGUAUAUAUAUGGGGCGCGCGGAGAUGUUCCUGGAUCUGAAAAAAGGCAGCCCACCCGAACUUCCAGUAAAAGAAAAAAAUCCCUCGGCGCCCAUCAUACCCACUCCCCCGGCCCCCCGCAUCCUCCCACAACCUCCCCGACCAACCUCCCGCCGCCGCCUACCUGGCUCCGGCGCGCCUCUCACGACUGGCGCCUCCCGCCGCUUCCCCACGGCUCCGGCGUGCUUCCCGCCUCCACUUAACUCCGGCCACCUACCACCGCCGCGCUGCCGCGCGGGAUCGCGCCGUUGGGCGACAUCUUCCCGCCGCCGCGCGAGAUCCCGUCACCGUUGGGCGACAUCUUCCCGCCGCCGCGCGAGGCCCGUCCGCCGCCGCACCACCACCGCACUCCGCAGGACCGGCCAGCCCCUCCCCUGUCGCUCAGUUCAACCUCGCCGGCCAACGCGGUCCACCGUGUCGCCUGGAUUCCAAUCCAACCCGCCAACCCGCGCGACCAAGUUCCUCCACCCGUCUCGGCUACUACCAGGACCACCACCUGCCCGGUCUUUGUGGCAUGUGGCUGCCCAGCACAUCGACGCCUGCAAGACAUAUUUGCAGGUGCAAAAAAGUUGGAUGUAGUGAUAUGUUCGUUCAGUAUCACAGGUCCUUCAAUGUUGGAAAAAAGAGUUUUCUUCUCCAAAAUGCAACAACGCCGUGAAAUGCUAAUUCUUCUUGUGUGCUUCUGUAAAGCCUUGUGUUUCAGUCACCACCAUGACGAACCAGCUCGUCCUAUUCUGCAGAAGCAAUUCGCAUGAUAGUUUUUAGGCGGAAUGCAGUUCAGAGGUAAUGGGGAAUCAAGGUUCGGAGAUAUAUUUUUAGUACAUUCAGAUUGCUUUUUCAGUGCACUGCAGCCAAAUCCGUUCUGAAGGCCAAACUGCUGACGUUUUAUUUUAUUUUAUUUUACAAACUAAGUUGCUAUCGGUGGUAGAACUUGGGAUUUGGGCACACAAGGAAGAAGACGGAAGAAGAAAAAUGGUGAGUUGGAGAUUGCAUGUUCGUUGCACAGAAGGAUAAGAUCAUUUAGGUUUUAGCUAGGUAACACCUAGUGGGGUAAAAAAAGCAUCGCUUUGCCGCACACACUAAAAUUCUUGAUUGUUUCUUUAUGUAUGAGCAUCAGACUUGAUUUAAUUGUGAGGUGAUUCACUGACAGUAAUUUUGUUCUCCUUUUUGUUUAUUGGUGCAUGCGAGAUGUUUUUCAUGUUAUGAACAUAUUGCUUUGCGAGAAGGUCAUGUACGACUACCGAAGGAGUUUAAAAAUCACUCACCACGAAGAGAACAGAUGAGCAGCGCACAGGCUGUUCAACUUCGCCACCUCAGGCCGUGCUACUCCGCCCAUGUGAGCAAAAGGAGACUAGUUUCUUCUUAACUUUUAUUCUGCACUUGUACGAUGCAUUUUGUCCCAGUUAUUAGGUGAUUUUUUUCCUUCACUUACAUUGUGUUCAACAAGGCAGAAAAGUUUGCCUACAAGUUGUUCCGGGCUGAGGGCGCAGUGCCAAGCUGCAGCCCGUAAUGCUGUUGACGGCCAGGUGCUCCAUCACGGGCAGUUCAAAAAUACUAAUGCUAGUCGGCCGUAUAGGUUCAGUAGUGGUAUAAUGCUUCUGGUCUUGAUGUUUGGCCGUACUUGAGGUAACAUGCUUGAGGUUCAGCUUGGUACAGUAUAUGGGAGCAGUUUGGAUUUGGUCUUUUUCUGCAGUUUGGCACCAUGUUAUAUGUAUUUUAUACUGCACAAAAUAUAUAGCACUUAGAGUCAAAUUUGUUGUGCAAGUGCGGAUGCUCCAUAGGUGCUUGUUGUAAUCCAAAAUCCAUUGAAAACACAGUAAAGUUCGUAUGUUUAAAAA